UAUCUAUACUAAGGGCUAAAGGAAAUGGACAAACGUCACCAGCAGCAAGCCAAGGCCAGCAGCUGCUGUUCUGACGAGGUGAGCAGCAUUGAAUGGGAAUUCAUAAACAUGUCUGAACAAGAAGGAGAUCUCAUUUAUAGAAUGUAUAAGCUCGUUGGGGACAGGUGGGGGUUAAUUGCCGGAAGGAUUCCGCGUCGGAAAGCCGAGGAAAUCGAAAGGUUUUGGAUAAUGAGAGACAAAGAAGUAUUUGAAAACCGGCGAAGAGAGCUGAAGAAGAUUUCUUCUUCUUAA